AUGGAAAAUCUGUUGAAGAAUUUGAAAGAUACAAAGGUUAUUAAUAAUGAUCCGCUGGCCAAAAGGAUCGCGAUCACUGCAAUAUCUCCCGAGAAAGAGCUAGCGUUGAUCAUAAUGGAGAAGCUGACAUUCGAUGAUGAGAAUGUGGAUGCACAGCUGCAACAAACCUCCACUUCACACAAGCUGAUUCAACAAAACGACAUUUACCACGUCCUGCUUAGUGACAGCCACAGACGCAACGAUAAACUAGACAAUCAGAAAGUAACGAUCAUAUAUCCAGCCACACAGAAACACGUGGACAAGUAUUCUAAAGCGAGUAUCUCACUCUUCAGAGAAACGCCUCAGAAAUACAACGAUAUCGUUAAACCAUACAUCGAUAGUCUCCCUGAGAAAGAAACAAAGUGGAUACAAGCGCUAGUUUCAGGCGAAGCAGAGAACGAGACAUACUAUUACAGAGGUCAAGAAUUCGUCAUAGCCGCCGACUACAAGUGGGAUAAGAAAGACUUUAACACCCUCUAUCUCCAGGCGGUCGUGAAAGACAUGAAUCUCAAGUGUUUGAGAGAUCUUCGCACUCACCAUGUCUCACUGCUCAGGAGCAUCCGCAGGGAGAUUGGUAAUGUUUUGAAGUCGAACUGGGGAUUGAAUCUGAGUCAGGUGAAGCUAGCUGUGCAUUACCAGCCCACGUUUUACGUAUUUCAUGUCCACGUUGUCUCUGUCAACUACAGCUCGUUUCCUGGGUUGAACGUUGGACAAUCACAUCUGCUCGAUGAUAUUAUUGAAAUGCUUUCUUUGAAGGGUGACAUUUUCUCGCAGAUGACUCUAACGUACCAUCUCUCGGAUCUACACAAGCUUCAUCAUCUCCUCAAACCACACGAGUCAGAUAGGGACUUGGAACAUGGUGCUUAG